GCAUUACAUUUCUUUAUGCCUGUAUCUCCCUUUUUCCCUCCACGUGCUUGUGCGAAUGGGUGGAAACCGAGGCGGGGGAAGUGAAGAAGAGGGGAAGCAGGGAUUGAGGGGAAGAAGAUCCCUCUUUUCCUGGUCGUACCGUCAUCCCCAGGGAUGCAGGAAGACAGACUAUCGCUCUUAUUCUUGUCAAGGGCUUUUUGUAAACCUUCAACAAAUGUACUCAUCGUUGUUUUCCUACCUGCAGCAUGUCUUCCCACGACGCACGUCCCAACUUCCUGGUCAUCGUCGCCGAUGAUCUUGGAUUCAGCGACUGUGGCUGCUUUGGAUCCGAGAUCCAAACACCCAACAUCGACGCGUUGGCGGCCGAGUCUGGUGCGGUUCGCUUCACAGCAUUCCAUGUCGCAGCUGCCUGUUCGCCCACGCGAUCGAUGCUGAUGACUGGCACCGAUCACCACAUCGCAGGCCUCGGGGAGCUGGCCGAGUUCACGCGCAGUUCGGCGGCGCAUCAGGGCCAACCGGGCCAUGAGGGGUAUCUGAAUGACCGGGUGGUCGCAUUGCCUGAACUGUUGAAAGACGGAGGCUAUCAUACCAUGAUGGCGGGCAAAUGGCAUUUGGGACUGCGAAGAGAGCAUCACCCUCGGGCGCGAGGCUUCAUCCGCUCGUUCGCCCUUUUGCCGGGAUGUGCAAACCAUUAUGGCUACGAGCCUCAGUAUGAUGACCCAGCCACGGAGCCGAACAAGUUUUUCGAGACCGCCACGCGCGCCUUGCACGUCGAGGACACCGAUUUCAUCUCUCAGCUACCAGAUAACUUCUACUCGUCGGACGCCUAUGGCUCAAAGCUGAUUGAGUACCUGUCCCAACGCUCCGCCGAGGAAAAGGAGAAGCCGUUCUUCGCCUACCUACCAUUUUCGGCACCACACUGGCCGCUCCAGGCCCCAAAGGAAAGCGCUGAUAAGUACCGAGGACUCUAUCAUGAAGGGCCGGACGCUUUGCGCCGGCGGCGGCUCGAACGACUCAAGCAGUUGGGGCUCGUGGCGGUAGAUGUGAAGCCGCACCCUGUUGUCACCAGCACGGGCGAGCCGGAGGCGUGGGACGAGAUGGACCAACAGACGCGAGAUCUCUCUGCUCGGGCAAUGGAGGUCUACGCGGGCAUGGUUGAUCGGAUGGAUUGGAAUAUCGGGCGGGUGAUCCAGUAUCUGAAGGAUACCGGUGAGUACGACAACACGUUUGUUCUCUUCAUGUCGGACAACGGGGCCGAAGGGGCGUCGUACGAGGCGCUGCCGAUUGUCGGCCCUGACGUGCUGGCGCACAUUGAAAAAUAUUACGAUAAUUCGCUGGAGAACAUCGGGCGCAAGGACUCCUUUGUCUGGUACGGCUCACGGUGGGCGCAGGCGGCCACUGCCCCGUCAAGGCUAUAUAAGAUGUUUUCAACCGAGGGCGGUUGUCGAGUACCCCUGGUGGUACGACCGCCGACAAAGGCCAGUGCUGAUGGGAACAUACGUGAUCGUUAUCCUCAGGAAAGUACUGUCAGUGAGGCAUUCUGCACGGUGAUGGAUAUCGUUCCGACGAUCCUCGAGUUUGCCCGGCUGCAACACCCAGGAACCACCUACAAGGGUCGCACUGUUGCCUCUUUACGCGGCAAGAGCUGGAAGAAAUUUCUCUCUGAUGUUAUAACGUUCAGCCCCUCUACUAGUGACUCAGUCAGCAAUCCUUCGUGUCAGAUUCACGAUGAUGACUAUGUGACAGGAUUCGAAAUAUCGGGUUCAGGAGCUGUGCGCAAGGGUCGAUGGAAGAUCACCUUUGUGCCUGCACCCCGAGGACCCCAGCGCUGGGAGUUAUUCGAUAUCAAGGCGGAUCCAGGCGAGACCACGGAUCUGAAAGAGCAGGAACCAGAGGUUUUCCAGGAAAUGUUGGGGCUAUGGGACGAUUACAAGAAGGAAGUUGGCGUCAUUGGGCUGGCAGGAGAGUACGAGACAGUGGUGCAGGGCGAUCUCGGUGUGAAGAUUCGCGAUCAGUUUGAUGACCCAUAUGGUUGGAUCAAGUUCAUCGGCCGCAAGGACCGGAUCCCCGAGCAUUUGAAAGGCGUGGUUCCAGCCUAAGGGCGGUAGAAGGAUGAUGUGACAUUUAAUUUCAAUGGAACCUUGUUAGAUUGGCA